AUGCUUGCGUGUGAUACCAAGGAGGAUUGUGACGACACGCUAGACGAGUGGUUCAUCCAUUCUCUAAAAACGUACACAGACCUGCAUGUGUAUCAGCUGGAACAUCCUACACGUGUGCUGGAGUGGACCUCAGGCAAAACAGUGUGUGUGGCUGGCUUUUCUCCUGCUAACAAUGAGAUUCUAGAGCUCAGUUUGCCGUUGAGACUGUUGGCUGAACAGAACAAGGGUCUGAGGGCGGAGCGGGACUUCAAAAUUCUCCAUGGAGGGUUCUGUGAGGUUCCUGUCCACAGCUUCAAGCACGUACCCGGGACCAGGUGUGCAGUGUCCAAUGAUGGGUGCAGCUCUUCUCUUCAGCUGUGGGACCUGGGAGGAGCUCACACCGACGUGAUCAGGCGAACAGGGCAAAUCCAUGUGGAAGCCCAGGAAGUGACAGGAGGGAGGAAAGUGUGCGCCCCCUUGUCCCACCACACAUCUGGGACAACAGUUCUUCAUGGAGCCAUGACCAGCGACGUCCAGCUCACCAAUAUCAGCACGGGACAACUGCUUUGCUCACUGCAUGACUGUCCUGUGUCCCAACCUCUGUCCCACCUCCGCUGCCUAUCGGAUGGGACGUUUGCUGUGGCCUCUGUGGACGGCUCCAUUCUUCUGUGGGACACUCGGUCUGCUGCCCGGCCCCAGCUUCGCUCAGACCCCCUGUGUAUCCUGGAGCCUGGUCCAUGGACUGCAGAUGUGUUGGGGAACCUAGCCCUGCUCUCCAGCACCUCUGGGCAGACUCUGGUGUUGGACCUGCGGGGUUCUGACUCGUACGUGUCCCGCGCUCAGCUCAAAGCGGGAGGAGGGCCGAGCCGACAUGUGUCCUGGGCCCCCGCACUGGACAAUUACGUGGCUCUGUCAGGUGUGGACGCACUGGUGCACAUUUAUGAUGCAUCUCUCUGGGGGGUGGAGCUCCAGCCUGCACACUCUCAGUUUGAACACAAGGGUCACGCCAUCUCGUCGCCCACAGAUGUCAUCACUACUAGUCAUGCAUGGCACCCAGAACGAGCACACACGCUUUUGUCCGCUGCCAGUGACGCCUCAGUGCAUGUGUGGGACUGGAACCACCAAUCAGAACCAGGAGGGAGUAGUGGGCCAAUCAGAGAGUAG